AAUCACUUCCGCCAUUUUGCAUUUUGACAUGUAAACAUACAAAGUAAAUAUGUCUAGGGAUUCGAAUAAUUACAGUCAAAGCUACAAGCUUGUCGUUGUUGGAGGUGGUGGGGUAGGGAAAAGUGCUCUAACAAUUCAGUUUAUACAGUCAUAUUUUGUAACAGAUUAUGACCCAACAAUAGAAGAUUCCUAUACAAAACAAUGUGUUAUUGAUGAGGUAGUGGCAAGACUAGAUAUUUUAGAUACAGCAGGACAAGAGGAGUUCUGUGCCAUGAGGGAGCAGUAUAUGAGGUCAGGGGAGGGGUUUUUACUAGUAUACUCAGUGACUGAUAGAGCCAGUUUUAAUGAAGCAUACAAAUUCCACAAACAGAUUUUACGAGAAGAGUAAAGAGCAGAAGAAUUUCCAAUGAUACUGGUAGCCAACAAGGCGGAUCUAGAACACUCACGGGUGGUUACGAGAGAAGAGGGCCAGGAGUUUGCUGCUCAGUUAAAGAUUAGUUAUAUUGAAGCCAGUGCCAAAGUGCGGAUGAAUGUAGACAAAGCUUUUUAUGAUCUGGUUAGAAUUAUAAGGAGAUUCCAAGCCAAUGAAAGUCCUCCAGUCAAACCUCCUAAACGAAGUAAAAGGUGCACCAUUUUAUGAUGGAUUGUAUGCUCUUUACUCAAUUUUUUUUUUAAUCUGGACAAGUUAUACCCACCUGAUGUAACACAAGAGAAUCGAAAGCUUUGUUGUGUAUACAUGUGAAGUCAGCCUCAUUCUGGUAAUGACAAUCCAAGUCCUGGUCAUCUGAGUGUUUGAAAGCUGCAUUCUCCUCUAUGUUGUGGUCAAGCUUCAAGCAAGAGUCAAUACUCUGUAGAUUUAUGUGCAUCAUGCUCACAAUGUUGCUAUACACAAAGUAUAUACAUGUAUGUAAUGUCAUGGAAGAAUGACAAGUGAACUGUUUAUUUUGUUUACAGGUAAUUUAACUUAUUUUUUUUUAUGAACAAAAGAAUUCAAAAAUCAAAACCUUCAUUAUAACAGUCAAACCUGUGGUAUUUUACUUCUGUAUAGAAAAUUUGCAUAA